AUGGAUAUUUGGAGCUUGUCUUCUCACUGGCCAGAUCAGACGUCCAAACAAGUGGUCCUGAUAUCAACAAAUCCCCAUCGCGCUUUGAAGUCGAAAACUUCUCCAGAGGACCUAUCUCGCAGGGAACUCAACCCGUCAAUCGACAAACUCCAAACUCCAAACCAUGCCCACUCCAAUUGA